AAAUAACUCGGUAUUGCCAGAUUGUAUAAAUAAGAUUGUCAUACCGCUAAUCUUAGCUAAAAAGGAAAAACAAAGAGCGGCAACACUAUUUUUAGGCAGCGCAUGUUUUUAUUUACAUUUUUUGUUUACAAAAACUCAACAUGGAUUCUGAGGUUUCUGGCAAAAAAUCAAAAAAGUCUAAAAUAAAUAAAAAGUUAAAGAAUUUAGCCGAAGUUACUAAAAAAGAAGACACCAAAGGCAUCGUGCGUAAACAGCAAGAGCUUAUGAGGGUGCUACACGUAAAAAAUUUUCAACUACAAAAUGGAAAUCUUUCCUACUUAGAUUAUGUGGAAUUAAAAGAAGAACUUUUGCGUUUAAAUGCGUUAAAGGAUGUAUUUAAUACAAUGUCAGGUUCAGCGGAAUAAUAAUUGUAUCUUUAUUUAUUACUUAAUAUACAUAACAUAUUUUUAACACAUUUUUUCUUAAAAAACGACAUUUUAGUACAUUAUUUAGAUCUAGGGAUGCCAAACACCUCAAACUAAUCAAAUGCUGCUAUUCGGGAUUUAAAAUUCAACUUAUUACAUUACAAAAAAGUAAAUAACUUUGUACCUAUCAUAGAGGAAUAAAAUUGAUAUAAACCCAGA